CAAAAAAAAGGGACCCCCGAGGGCCAACCCCGCCCCCCGCCGGGGCUGUGGAGGGAAUCCAGCCUGGACGGGGCCAAGGACGGCGCUUUCGGCUCUCACAGCGCCACGCUGCCGCGGAAUUACAAACUGUCCCCCCUGGAGCGGCGACAAGAGGGGGGGUCUCCGCUUUUCCGACCCCCCCCCACCUCCAGGACCCUUCCCCGGGGGUGGCACCUGUGCCAGCAGCCGGUGUCGCGCAUCCCCGUGCCCCCCCCGGCCGGGAGACCCCCCCGCCACAAGCCCCUUCCCCUCUCCAUGAUCUUCAGGCUGCAGAACGCUUUUUGGGAGCAGGGGGGGGCCGGGCACAGGGGGCUUCCCCCCCUGAUCGCCCCCUCCCCAGCUGGGGGGACCCCGCGGGGGUCGCCACAAAAGAUGCCGGCGCUGCCCCCGGCCCCCCACGCGGCGACCCGCCCCGCGCCCCCCGACCCUCCCGAGGCCGAGGCGGAGCUGGAGCACCUCCUGCGCUGCUCGGACCCGGAGGGACCCCCUGAAGGACCCCCGGAGGGACCCCCGGAGGGACCCCCGGAGGGACCCCCGGCCCGGCCGCUGAGCCCCACGCGGCUGCAGCCGCUGCUGCCCCCCGAGGCUCGCAGGGUGCCCGAGUUCCAGGAGGUCGCCCGCGUUCUGGCGGAGAUGCCGCGGCCGCUCAAGCGCCGGGGCUCCAUGGAGCAGAGCCCCGGGCCCGCCGCCGCCCCGGCGCGCACCCGCCACUACCGGCAGCUGAUCCCGCGCCUGCUGCACCGCCCCGGCACGGCGGCAGCACCGGGGGAUGGCGGCGCGGAGGUGGCGCUGCCUUUGUCGCCUCCUCCUCCUCCUCCUCCUCCUCCUCCUCCUCCGGCCGUGGAGAGCUCGCCCCCGGUGGUGGCGGCGGGGGGCGCGGGGCAGGUGCCGGUGAGUGGGGACAGCAGGGUGUGGCGUUGUCACUUUGGGACCCUCCCCAGUGUCAUUGUCACUCUGGGACCCCCGAGGUGUCAUUGUCACUCUGGGACCCUCCCCAAUGUCAUUGUCACUCUGGGACCCCCGAGGUGUCAUUGUCACUCUGGGACCCUCCCCAAUGUCAUUGUCACUCUGGGACCCCCGAGGUGUCAUUGUCACUCUGGGACCCUCCCCAAUGUCAUUGUCACUCUGGGACCCCCGAGGUGUCAUUGUCACUCUGGGACCCCCGAGGUGUCAUUGUCACUCUGGGACCCCCGAGCUCCCACCCGCCCCGCGCCCCCCGACCCUCCCGAGGCCGAGGCGGAGCUGGAGCACCUCCUGCGCUGCUCGGACCCGGAGGGACCCCCGGAAGGACCCCCGGAGGGACCCCCGGAGGGACCCCCGGAGGGACCCCCGGAGGGACCCCCGGAGGGACCCCCGGCCCGGCCGCUGAGCCCCACGCGGCUGCAGCCGCUGCUGCCCCCCGAGGCUCGCAGGGUGCCCGAGUUCCAGGAGGUCGCCCGCGUUCUGGCGGAGAUGCCGCGGCCGCUCAAGCGCCGGGGCUCCAUGGAGCAGAGCCCCGGGCCCGCCGCCGCCCCGGCGCGCACCCGCCACUACCGGCAGCUGAUCCCGCGCCUGCUGCACCGCCCCGGCACGGCGGCAGCACCGGGGGAUGGCGGCGCGGAGGUGGCGCUGCCUUUGUCGCCUCCUCCUCCUCCUCCUCCUCCUCCUCCUCCGGCCGUGGAGAGCUCGCCCCCGGUGGUGGCGGCGGGGGGCGCGGGGCAGGUGCCG